AUGCGAUCCGCAGCUCAAGUGUUCUACCUAGCAGUGUUCUCGCUGCUAGGUAGUUCACACGCCCAGGCGCAUGCGACCGCUCCUUCGAAGUCGAAGAGCGCUCCUCCAAACGUCUGCGAAUUCGAACCAUUCGCCAUCGUCUCGGAUGCCUGCGCAAGCUACAACACCCUCGACCAGCUCAACGAAGCGAUCCAUCCCUACCUCCACUCCAUCACCCAAGAAACCGAUUUCUUCUCCCACUACCGAUUGAACCUGUUCAACAAGAAAUGUCCCUUCUGGAGCGACGAGAAUGGCAUGUGCGGGAACGUGGCGUGUGCGGUGAAUACAUUAGACAAUGAAGAAGAUAUACCGUUAGUCUGGCGCGCGAAGGAGCUGGGUAAGCUUGAAGGUCCCACAGCGCAACAUCCAGGGAAGAAGCAACAGAGGGCGCACAAGGCGAGGCCACUGCAGGGCGGUCUGGGUGACGAUGUUGACGAGAGUUGUGUGGUGGAAUACGACGAUGAGUGCGACGACCGCGAUUACUGUGUCCCGGAUGACGAGUCUGCGACCGCGAAGGGCGAUUAUGUUAGUUUGGUGGGCAAUCCGGAGAGGUUCACUGGGUACGCAGGCGUUGGUUCCCAGCAGGUCUGGGAGGCUAUCUAUCGCGAGAACUGCUUCAGCAAGCCGCCUAAGGUGUCGCAGUCCAGCCACAACUCGCCGUUCGGUGGGUUCGGCAAUCAGGAGCAGAUGCUUGCCGCAAACCAGUUGCGGAACGUCAUGAAGGAGCAGGGUAUGCAGCAGAAUGUCCAGUCUGCCAUUGCACAAGGAACCGCCAGAGCGCACCUUGAUCCCGUCGAGUUUGACGAUACCUGUCUCGAGAAGCGAGUGUUCCACCGUGUCAUCUCUGGAAUGCACGCCUCCAUCUCCACGCACUUGUGCUGGGACUAUCUCAACCAGACGACCGGACAAUGGUCGCCGAACCUGACCUGCUACGAGAAGCGCCUCCACCACUAUCCGGACCGCGUCUCCAACAUCUACUUCAACUAUGCGCUCGUUAUGCGUGCCGUUGGCAAGAUAAAGCAGCACAUCCAAGAUUACUCUUUCUGCUCCGAGGACCCUGAAGAAGACGCCCGUACCAAGAACAUGGUUCUCCGUCUCGCAUCCGCAGUUCCCUCCGGCCCCGAGAUCUUCGACGAAUCGAUCAUGUUCCAAGAUCCGGACACGAUCGCCCUGAAGGAGGAUUUCAGGAACCGCUUCCGUAAUGUGAGCCGGAUCAUGGACUGCGUGGGUUGCGACAAGUGCCGUCUCUGGGGCAAGCUCCAGACCAACGGCUACGGCACCGCUCUCAAAGUCCUCUUCGAAUUCGACGAAAACGACUCCUCCAAGGACCCCGUGCUCCGCCGCACCGAGCUCGUCGCCCUACUCAACACCAUGGACCGCCUCUCGCACUCCCUCCAAGCCAACAAGGAAUUCAGACGCAUGAUCGAGGAGCGGGACGGCACCGCCAAACCCGCAUUUCCCACCCUAGUUCCCGAGCAAGAGGUCCUCAAAACAAAACACCGCCUCGAGAAUCCCGACCAAGAGUCUGCAACGAGCGAAAAGCCAAAAACCCCCAAUUUCAAACGUGAUUGGGAUUCUUCGAGGAUGACCGUCAUGGAGGAGUUCUGGGCGGAGCUCGACCUCGUUAAGCGUGCCUACAUCCACGUCUUGAAGAGCUGGAUUGCGCUGCCUGGUAGAUUCACCCGAAUUUUCAUCCUGGAACUCAACCGCCUCUGGCACUGGUGGUCCGGCCUCGUGGUCCCCGAACGCAGCUGGGAGAUUCGCAUCCCCACCCGCGACGAACUCUAA